AAAUUUGGUGAAAAUCGUCACAGUUUCGUUCCAGCUCUUCAUCGGACAGACAAGAAAUUCUAUUUCUGCAGCUGACGUGAUAUUUCUGUCAACCCCCCCCUAAAAACAAAUUUUCUCUCGUUGAAAAGAAGAAUCUAAAGCAGCCUAAAGUCAAACGGCAAGAUUUUUGUGCAAGCAUAUUUUCGCGUUUAAAUUAUUUUCACGAAUUUAUAAGUGAAGAAAAAAUUUUCGCAUCGUCGGUAAAGUUGAAAAAUUUGUUGAAAAAAUUUCAAAGUAGUACUAUCUUCCCGUGCAGUAAAGCAGCGUGAAAAGGACGUAGAUAGAAGACAUUCUUGUACAAGUACGAGUACAGUACGUUUAGAACCGCUGGUUGGAAGAGUACAACAACAAAAAUAUCGAACGGGACGAGCGAUAGGAAAGAGGCAAAAAAAACGUGGUUUUUGGUAGCAGCCCAGCAGAAAAUUGUCAAAUUGUUAAAGAAUAUUGAGUGAUUUUUGCAUUUUAUUGUGACGCUAGAUAAUCUGUGUAAACGUCGGAAAAGCGGGAAAAAUGGAAAACCAAAACAAUGUUGCUGCAACUGAUGCAGCCCCUGCUGUAGAAAAUGGAUCAAACGCUCAAGAAGUUUCUUCUACAACGCAUGUACCCGCUGAGCCAACAAAACGUUCAUUGCGUGUACAAACUUGGAAGAAGAUUCAAGAUAACAAGUGUGGUGUUGGAUUCAAUACAAUAUUUAAUCGUAUACCUGGUUUCGUAGAUAGUGACAAAGCUGCCAAUUUGCUUUCAGAGACCGAAGAAUUCAAGAAAGCGCAACACAUCAAAGUUAACAUUGACCGCGCCUUACAUUCGGUUAAACUACAAACCUUACUUGCUGGCAAAACACUAUAUCUGCCAGCGACACGCGACUCCAAAGCUGCCUAUUUGAGAGUUGAGGUACCGGCUGACGCUACUGAUGACCAGAAGAAAGAAAUCCUUAAUGUACAAGAUGUACAGAACCAUCGCACCGAAAUAACUUUGGAGAAUAAAGUUAAAUUGGAUAUGGUAGUAAUUGGAUCGGUGGUGGUAUCGCGUGACGGCUAUCGCAUUGGACGCGGUAACGGUUUUGCUGAUCAGGAUAUCGGCUUACUUACAGAAAUUGGUUCAAUUACACCAGAUACCGUAAUCGCUACAAUGGUACAUGACCUGCAGGUUGUUGACAACUUGCCAAAGGAGUUAUUCCAAAAAUACGAUACACCUGUUGACUUAAUUGUAACACCCAAAGAGGUGAUACAUGUCAGCAAUCGUUUACCACGCCCCGCUGGCUUAUUCUGGGAAUUAUUAUCAGAACGUCGUCUUAAGCUAGUACCUGUUCUGCAGGCUCUUAAAGAAUCCCAAGAAGAGGCAGGUAAAGUUAUUGUGCUGAAAGAACAAGACACUGACAUUGAACAAAAUCAAAGCCAACGCAGUCGUCGUCGUGGUCCAAUUCGCCGCCGAUUUGGCCGUCGUAAUCAACGCCGCGCUAUUUCGCAAACUGACACCGAACAGCAACAGGGUCAAGAUCAACAGAAGCGCAAUCCCCGACGUAAUCGCCGUUUCACUAACCGAAGACGACGUCCAACAAAGUCUGAGGGUGAUCACUCGGGCGUUGAAGGCAAAAGCCAAGAGCGCAAAGGAGCUGGCGGCGAUCGUAAACAACAACAACAGCAGCAACAGCGUAACCGUAAAAAUCGCUUCGCACGUGACUUUUGCAUUAAACUAUCGAAUAUUACGCGAGAUGUACGCGUGAAGGAUUUGAAAACAGAAUUGCGUAAGCGUGAAUGCAACCCUCUUUACAUCUCUUGGAAGGGUCAAUUUGGUAAAUGUUAUUUACAUUUCGGUAAUCGCAAUGGCACACCCAGCACCGAAGAAGAAAUAGACAAGGUUCUAAAGGCGUUGAACGAUUUAUCGUUAACGGUGACUACCGGUGGCGGUGCUGGCGCUGGCAAUGCUAGUGGAGCUGAAGGAGAUGCUCCACCUCCACAACAAACAAAAACCGUAUCGGUAAAUGUGGAAUUGCUCAAGUUUGAUGAGAAGAAAGCAGGUGAAGGUGAUGCAGCUGCUAAUGGUGAUGCAGCUGCAGGCGGUGAUGCUGGUUCUGCUCGCAUCGAGUCCGUCGACACCACCACAGUAUAGUAUGAGCUAAGGGCUGUUUUGAAACGGCUUUACUUUUGGUUGGGACAUUUGGAAUCGUGCGUUCAACGAGAGAAAAUUGUUUAACAUUCAUUUCUUCCACCUCAGAUAUCCCCGCCCCUACAUUUAUACACACAUAUAUUUGACUUUUUCUGUUGGUAAUAUUUUAUCAAACCAUUUUCGUUUCAAAACUUUUCCAAAUGUUGGAAAAUUUUGUUCUAAUAUUUGUAAUUGACUAAUUGUAUUAUUAAUGAUAAAAAAAAAACCAAGUAAACAUUAUUUUGUCUACGCGGGGACUUUUAAACCCAUAGCCCAAUUUCCGAGCAAUGCAUUUGUUUAUAUUUUAAUUAUUCUACCUAAUUAUUUUCAAUUAUAUUUAAUUCUUGCAUUGCGUAGAUUAAAUUAUAAAAUACUCUUCUAAUUAUUAGCUUGCGCGCACGUUUUAACUUAUUUAUAUAAGGAAUUUACGAAGAUAUAUAUAGCAAAAUAUAAAAUAAAACAAAACAAAAAAAAAACGAAUUAAAAAAUAAUUCUCAACGCAAUUUCCAAAUGUCCUCUUCCAAUUCGAAAAAAGAGCGGAUCUUAAACUGCUGUCGUACAGUAAGAGCCGCGGCACACAUUUUUUACAAAAUGAAAAUCUUGAAAAAAUAUAUAAAAAAAAAUGUUUGCUGAAAACAAAAACAAAACAAAAAGCAACAAACAUAUAUUGAUGAACUAACAAUUGAAAAACAUUUAAAAGAAACUUGUGCGUUUAUUUUAAUUAAUUUAGAAUAUUUUCCCAUUUCGGUGAGAUUUUUUUUUGUUUUAAUUUUUUUUCCCACUUAACAAAUGUAAAACGAGAAUACACAUUUACUUUCCUUUUUUAUACAAAAACUUCAAAUAAAAUAUUUAACUUGUGAAA